AUGCAGUCGGUCAGUGAAUUUAGAUUGGCAGUAACUGAGGUACUCUUGUACUCCGCCAUUAUUUCUAUUGCGGUUUUUUGGUGCCGCUACAAAUGGAACAAUAGACAUAUCGAUAAAUUGGGCUCGAAAAUGAAAGGUCCCCCGGCGUACCCUAUAAUUGGCUCAGCACUAGAGCUUCUUGGCACUCCCGAACAGGUUAUAAAUGCAUUACUGGGAUUUUACAAAAAUUACGGAUCGGAGCCUUUUAAAGUAUGGUUAGGUCCUUUUUUCGGAGUGUACAUUAUUAAACCAGAAGAUGUACAAAUUGUGUUAAAUAAUUCAAAAGCUUUACAAAAGGACAGGUUUUAUGAAUUUAUCAAGAAUAUUUUUGGGGAAGGCUUACUAACUGCACCAGUUGAUAAAUGGCGGAAACACCGUCGGCUUAUUACUCCUUCAUUUAAUGCCAACCUACUAAGUCAGUUUUUUCCUGUAUUUAAUGAGAAAAACAAGAUUCUCAUUAGAAAUCUAAAAAAGGAAUUAGGUAAAACACAACCAUUUGACCUUUGGGACUACAUUGCACCUACUACUCUUAAUUUAAUAUGUCAAAAUGCAAUGGGUUACAAUCUUGACAGUCAUUCACAAUGUGGGUCUGAAUUCGAAAAAGCUAUGACCAAAGCAUCAGAAUUAGAUUCAAUAAGGAUUUACAAACCAUGGUUGUUUCCAAAUAUUUUUUUCUCUUUAUAUCUUAGACUUCAAGGACAAUCUAACGUUUUCAAAACUUUGAAAAAACUACCAUUAAAAAUGAUAAAUGAAAAAAAAAGAAGUUUUUGCACAAAAGAAACGAUUGUCAUGAAUAAUACCGAUGAAGAAAAAAAAAAUUUAAAAGUAUUCUUGGACACUUUAUUUGAAUUGAACGAAACUGGUGCGAACUUUUCUGAUAAUGAUAUUCUUGACGAGGUGGUUACAAUGACGAUAGGCGGUAGUGAAACCAGUGCUAUUACACUAUGUUUUUCUCUGUUAUUAUUAGCUAUUCAUUCUGAUAUCCAAAAUAAAGUUUACGACGAAAUUUACGACGUAUUAGGUGAAGGAGAUCAAACAAUUACUACUGAAGACACUACUAAACUUGUGUACUUAGAACAAGUCUUAAAAGAAACCCUUCGAUUAUUCCCAGUACUACCAAUAGUAAUUAGAGAACUCCAAGAUGAUGUUAAAAUUAUUUCUGGUAAUCACUUACUGCCAAAAGGUACUACAUGUUAUAUAGCCCCGUUAUUCACUCAUCGUGAUUGUGAUUCGUAUCCAAAUCCAUUAAAUUUUAAUCCAGAGAACUUCAGCCAAGAAAAUAUUUCCAAACGCCAUAAGUAUAGCUUUAUAGCUUUUAGUGGUGGUCCUAGAAGAUGCAUUGGAUCCAAAUAUGCUAUGCUGUCAAUGAAAGUAAUGAUGUCUACGUUCCUGAGAAAUUACAGCGUACACACAAACUGUAAAUUUAAUGACAUAAAGUUGAAAUUAGAUUUAUUAUUGAGAAGUGCUAAUGGUUAUCCUGUAUUUAUUCAAACGAGGGAUAGAAGACCAUCAUAUAAAUUAAAUUAA